AUGGAGAUGGACGAGACGGCCGCCGAUGGCGAGAAAAGAAUAGGCGGAAUACCCGAGAGGGGUUGGAAUUACAUUAUUAGAAAAAAGGAUAAGAAAGUCAGCUCGUCCACCAGCGAUGUCAAAAACAACAUGGGGUCAACCGAGGAGCAGAAGCCAAAAAGGAGGAGAUUCGGACCGAUGCCGGGAGACGAGAUAAAAAUUACUGUUAGACCCGAAAAGGGUCUGAAACUCGGAGACACCAGAGAAGGAUCCGUAGGCAAGGCACUAAUUAAGGCCAUCCGAAGAAACCAUGCCCUCCGAGAUGAGGAAAUCACAACAAGAAUAUUGAAAGGUACCAACGCCAUAAUAGUCAGCACGAAAAGGGAAGACAUCGCGAAAGCGGUGACAGAAAUCGAAGAACUUGAGAUCGAAGGGAAGAAGCACAGCUUCAAAGCUAAAGUCAUCAUGGAGGACACGGUAAAAGGAGUGGUAUACAGAGUCUCUAAAGAGUUUACAGACGAAGAACUGGGAGAAAACUUCAGUGUAAGGGGCAAGUACGCCGACAUUGAAAUAAUAGAAGCCAGAAGAAUCAGGGAUACGGAAGUUGUGGUCCUCACUUUUAGCGGGGACCGUUUGCCAAACCAAGUGUGCUUAUACGGGCAAAUGGCACACGUGUGGGAAUACAGGCCGGUGAAGCAAGUAUGUUUCGUCUGCAUGAAGCCGGGACACAGGAGUGACGUAUGCCCCACGCCAGACGCAAAGGGGUGCCGAAAUUGCGGCCGAACGCACGCGGAAGGCGAAGAGAAUUGCAGGGCAAGAUGCGCAUUCUGCGAAGGGGAACACCCCACCGGGGACAAGGAGUGCAAAAAGCGAUACAAAGAACCGACGAAAAAGGUGCAGCCCAAAACUACUGAUACACUGACCGACGUCAGCAAAAAGAAGGCGUGGGCGGAGGCGCAGAGCAACAUAGAAGACUUCCCUACGCUGAGGUGGGUUACUGGGCAAGCCAACUACCCCACAAUAGAGGGAGAGAAAUCGGACAAGCAGAAAAUUUCCGAGAUGGAGGAGACAAUUAGAGAGCUAAAGAAGGUGGCAGAGAUACAAAGGGAACAAUUUCAGAGAACAAUGGAGAUACAAAGGGAACAAUUCCAUAAAAUGGAGGAGCAAAACGCCAAGAUGGCGGAAACCAUUAAAAGACUGGAAGGAAACUCUUGGAGACAAGAAGAGAAGCACAAGAAAGAACUGGAGACUCUCCGAAGACGGUGUGAAAACAAAACGGACGAGCCGAAAACUCAGCCGAAGCCGGCAGAGGCACCGAAAAAGACGCCCAAGGAAAGAAAGGGUCCGCUCGAGGAAAGAAAGGAGCAACUAGACAACAAAUUCGAGAACAAGUUUGAGCUACUAGAAAGCAAAUUCGAGCAACUGGAAAACAAAUUCGAGCAAAGAUUCGCUAAAAUUGAACAGAUGCUCGCAAGUUUACUGGACGGGGCGGCGGGCCCGCCUAGGAGGAAAUGUGCAAAGGACGGCUACGAAAGCGAUGUCAGCUGCGACGAAGUGGAAAAACCGCACCUAAUUUUGCUGCAAGAACCGAAUUCAGAAGCGAAUCUGAGUGGGUACUACGUUUACGGCAACGAUAAGAACAAGCCCAGGGUCGCCACGCUCGUCAAUAAGAACAUCACGGUCAUACAUCACGAAACAAAGCAAGAAGUAGAGAACGUUCUGACGGAAGUGGUGCCUAGCAACAAGGGAGGCAAGAGCACAUUCGUGCUAAACGUGUACGCGCAACACAAGGGCUACAAGACCGAGGACCUCGCGGAAAUCAUGGAAACGGCAUGCAAGAUGGCCGGCAAGGACAACGCGAUAGUCGUCGCGGGAGAUUUCAACUCGGCGCAUACGGAAUGGGGCUACGUAAAGGACACGAAGAGGGGCAAAGAGUUACUCAAGCUAAUCGAGAUGCACGAACUAACGAUCAUCAACGACACAGACUGCCACACUAGAGUGGGAAACAGCGUGAGUCGAGACACAAACCCGGACCUCUCGAUGAUCAGGGGAGCCACGGCGGGAUGGAUAAACACGCAAGAAACCCUCGGAAGCGACCACUGCAUCAUUAGGAUCGAAGUAGUGGCAGACGCCAAGCGUCGACGCAUAGGAAAGAAUCAGAGAACAGACUGGAGAAAGUUCAGACAGGAAGUGGAAACAAGACCCAUAGACGACCUUGCGCGGUGGACAAGGGAACUAAAAAGAGCCAAAGAAGACUACACCAACGAGGUAGAGCUGACCGAAAAAGUCACUGCAGUUGACUCGCGACUCGAAACGCUGUGGAAGAAAAGGCGCAAUUUGACUGUAAAGUGGAAAAUCAACAAACUGAACCGGAAUUUGAGACGUCGAGUGGCGGAACUCAACGAGGAAAUAGAAAAGUACGCCGAUGACUUGGCGCGACAAAACUGGUGGCAAAAAUGCGACAAACUGCAGAACACUUUGGAAACAAAACAGACCUGGAACCUGCUCAAAUACCUGGCGGACCCGGCAUCGACAAGAGGCGAAACCAACCGAACUCUCACGAGGAUUGUACACAAAUUCCAAGGAGACGUGCUAGAAUACAUCAAGAACAGGUACGUCCCGGAUCAAGGGACACCCGAAACCGGAAACGAGUAUACGGGACGAACCAACGAGAGUCUUGACAGAGACUUUGACGUUGGGGAGCUGGUGGCAGCCGCCGCCGAAACGACCAACAGCACACCGGGGAGGGACGGCAUCACCAACGCCACGCUACGGAAUCUACCGCAGAAGACUCAGAAGCAACUCACAAACUUUAUUAACGAGGUAUGGAACAGCGGAAAAGUCCCGGAAGAGUGGAAGCACUCGCAAAUCAAGCUCAUUCCCAAGCAAGGAAAAAAACCGCAUAUAGACAACAUGAGACCUAUCUCGCUAACGUCGAACGUAGGCAAACUCAUGGAACGCAUGGUGAAAAACAGGCUACAGCGCUACCUGGAGGAAGAGGGGCUCAUGCCGCACUGCAUGUACGGUUUUAGGCCACACCUGAGCACUCAAGACGUGCUACUUCAGAUCAGGGAAGAAGUGCUGAGCGGCAAAAUCCCCGCCAAAGGGGAGCACAUCGUGCUAGCCAUAGACCUAAAGGCGGCCUUCGACAACGUUGCCCACUCCGCCAUACUAGACAACUUGAACGCCACCAACGGAGGCGAAAAGACCUACAACUACGUACGCUCCUUCCUGGAAAACCGCAGCGCCACCAUCCAGAUUGAUGACACAAAGACUAAGACGUUCGACAUGCCCAACAAGGGGACGCCGCAAGGAGCGGUGCUGUCACCCCUACUUUUUAAUAUAGCGCUCUUCAAGCUAUCCGAGAGACUGGCAAAGAUCCCGAACAUAGAGUACGCGGUAUACGCAGAUGACAUUACGAUAUGGAUCACAAAAGGGUCGCUAGGAGAAAAGGAGGAAAGGCUGCAAAAGGCGGCAGAAGUCAUACAAGAGGUGGCAAAAGCAAGCGGACUCCACUGCUCGCCCGAAAAAUCAGAGAUUCUGAGGAUUCAUGGACGAAGGUACGACAGAAGCAUACCCAUCAACGUCACGAUAGAAGGCCACACAGUGCCCGAAGUGAAAGAACUAAGGCUGCUGGGUAUGUGGUUACAACAUAAUGGGAAAGCCACGCUACAAUGGGAAAAGAUCUCCAAAACCAUAGACAUCAUGGGAAGGAUGAUUAAGAGAGUCACCCACAGGAAGUGGGGUCUAAAAGAACGAGACGUGGCGAAGAUUGUUCAAGCCGUCGUCGUAAGUAGGAUCACUUACUGCAUGCCGUACCACCGGAUCACCAAAACAGAAGAGAGAAAGAUCGACUGCAAAAUGAGGGGAGUGUACAAGCUAGCGCUAGGACUACCCAUUACCACAUCAACCGAAAAACUCAUGGCCAUGGGCAUCUCUAACACGUACGGAGAGCACAAGGAUGCCAUGCUGACGGCGCAGAAAGAGAGACUCGGACGCAGCGAGACCGGAAGACGCCUGGCGACCAAACUCGGCUUCAACGACGUGAGGACAAAGGCGACCAGAACGGCCGACCUAAGCGAUAUGGCGAAAAAUACGUACAUCGUACGACCCAUACCAAAACACAUGAGACCGGAUACGCAUGAACAACGAAGACUAGCCAGAGCCAGGUACUACGAAAGGAUAGCCAAAAAGGGAGAGGUGGCGUACGUCGACGCUGCCGACUACCCGGACCGGGAUGCAAAGGUAGCCGUAUACCUGGACAAAAACAAGAUGGAGAAAAAUAGCUGCUCGAUGCCCAGGGCAACGACGGAAGAGGCCGAAGAGAGAGCCAUAGCGCUCGCCAUGAUGGACGGCUAUAGGAAGGGCAGUAGCAUGCUCAUCCUGUCGGACUCUCAACAGGCCUGUCGAAAUUUUCUAAAAGGCAGGAUUGGAGCGAGAACCGCCAAACUUAUAAAUAAGGUCACCCCGAAAAGUGCUGGAGUAACGCACGAAAUCGCGUGGAUUCCCGCUCACGCGGGCGUCACGGGUAACCAGGCAGCAGACGACCGAGCCCGUGCUCAUACCUUCCGGGCCGGUCUGACGCAGCCGGGGAAAACCGUUAUCGUGAACCCGAGCUACUCGGAGCUACUUGACCACUACAAGGCCUGCCGAUUCCAGUUUCCGGAGCCCGCGGACAGGUUCGACAGAAUAGAUGCCGCCCUAUGGAGGAGACUCCAGGCGGGCAACUUCCCGAACAAGGUGCUGGCCAGACACGUGGAUCCGGACAGGUACGAAGACGACAGCUGCCCCUGGUGCGGCUCCCGAGCGACACUCUACCACUCCACGUGGGAAUGUACGAAUAACGACGAGCUUCCCAAGCUCCAAGACGAAGAAAAAGGCCAAGCCGGCUGGGAGAGGCUGCUGCGGAGCAGGGACCCCGGAGAGCAGCUUAGGCUGCUCGAAAGGGCCAAACUUGCUGGCCAGCUUCUAGGGAUCCUGGAAUGAGGAACCCUCCCCGCUAAGGCUCCACUUCCGUCAUCAUCAGCAUCAUCCCUCAUGUUCCAAUAAACGUUUUCCUCCUC